AUGGUGGGUUGCAAAAUCUGUGCUAGUCCAAACAUGAAUGCUUUGCUUCAAAGUGAACAACUUUCUUGCUCCUCUGAGCUUAUAGAGUCUUUAUGGAUACCCUCCUCUUCCUCUGCUUUACAGGGUCGGAAACCUAUCUUUGAUUAUGAGAAUGUUAAUGGAGUGGAGACCACAGAUAUGCCAUUCUUCCAACCGCUUGACAAAGAAGAGAAUGGAGAUGAUGGUUUUGAUGAAUCCCGUCAUCCACCAGGAAAGAAAAGGCGGCUCACAGCGACUCAAGUUCAGUUUCUUGAGAGGAGCUUUGAGUUUGAGAACAAACUUGAACCAGAGAGGAAGUUGCAACUAGCUAAAGAGCUUGGCUUACAGCCCCGCCAAGUUGCAAUUUGGUUUCAAAAUCGGCGAGCUCGGUUUAAGAACAAACAGCUGGAAAAGGACUAUGAUUCUUUGAAAGCUAGCUAUGAUAAGCUCAAGGCUGAUUAUGACAGUCUCCUUGAGGAGAAGGAUGAUUUGAAAAAUGAGAUUCUUGCACUCAAAGAGAAACUGCUUACUAGAGCGAAAGGGGGGGAAAAUUUGGAAUCUCUUGGUGCCAUAAAUUCAUCCGAUGCAGGACCUCAAAAACCCAAUUCUGAUGUAUGUCCUGGAGACGUUUCCCACGUGCCAUUGCUGGCAGGUAAACAUAAAGAAGCACGUCUAGCUAAAAUUGAUGUUUUUGACUCAGAUAGCCCACAUUACACCGAUGGGAAUCAUUCUUCAUUGAUCGAGCCUACCGAUUCGUACAUUGCUUUCGAACCAAAUCAUUCUGAUUUUUCCCAAGAUGAAGAAGAUUAUAAUCUCAGCAAGAGCCUUCUGCGCCCACCAAUAUUCUUCCCAAAAUUUGAAGUUGACUGUUACUAUGAUGCACAUUCCAAUUCAUGUAAUUUAGCAUUACCGGCGGAAGAUCAGUCAUUUUGGUCAUCACUUUACUAAGUUAAUCAUUUAGCCCUUUUGCUCCGCCCUUUACCUAGGAUCUCUUACUGCACUGCGAUGCUCAUGCUCGUCACAAAGUUGGUUCCACUUGUAAGCAAUAUCUAUAUAUAUCACUUAUAUUAUGGUGCCGUAAAAUCAGAUGUGCUCGUCUUUGUUUACUCUAUGCAAUUGCAUAUUUUUAGUUGAUAUCGGCCUCCCUCUCCCCCCACCGCGGGACACAAACUAUUGAGUAUUUGGAUUCCGACAUGUAACUCAUUCACCUCUUGCUUGCCCUCUGGAUCAAUCAUUUAUUUCGACUAUUUAGGCUCGAAGUUUCUUUUAAUUGCUCAAAACACCCUACAGUGUCAUUGGUUUUAGAAGCCAUUUUUUAACUAAAAAUGAGGUAACGAUGCGAUGAGCUUCAAAAAAGUCACCUAAUUUUGCUAGCUUCUUGCUGUCCUCCAGGAUGAAAGACAAACAGUAACAGUUA